AUGGCGACGGCAUAUACUGAGUAUGCAGGGCAAUUACACCCUCCAUAUUCCAAUGGACCUCUCAAAUUGCCAUACCAGAGGCCAGUCAAGGAACGAAGAACAUACCACUCUACGGGGGUGGAGAGCCUUAUCGAGGACAUGACUUCCCAGAUGCAAGACAAGGAUCUUGCACGAAUGUUUGAGAAUUGCUUUCCAAACACCCUCGACACGACAGUGAAGUGGUUUAACCAUUCCGAUGAUACUUGCCAAUCAUUUAUCAUUGCCGGAGAUAUGGAUGCUGCCUGGCUCCGCGAUAACCUAUGGCAGAUUCAAGCUUACAAGUCAUUGCUUCGCACCGACGGGUCAAUACGAAAGUUGUGGCAGGGUGUCAUCACUCUGCAUACAAGGUGGAUCGCCAAAGCACCAUACGCCAAUUCCUUCCAACCUCCCAAGGAGAGUGGGAUGAAACCGGUGGCCGACCAUGUCAUCGAUAUGGGUGCAGACAUCGUCAAUCCACCCCUCGACCCCGACCUCUCAUUUGAAGGGAAAUGGUCACUGGACAGCAUCGCCUCGUUCCUUCGGAUCUCAAACACAUACGUCCACGAGACGGCCGACACGUCAAUCAUCGACGAGUCUUGGAUCGCAGCACUGACCGCCAUCCUGCAAGUGCUGCGCGAACAGUCACAAUCCACGUUCGACGAGCAAGGCAAUCUCGACACGCAAGCAUAUUCCUUCCAGCGUCCCGCAUCGACGAGCAUGACGUCGGUAUACAAUGGUCCCGAUCAACCUCCCAACCUCGGCACAGGCAACCCCGUCAAGUCAACAGGCCUGAUCCGCUCCUCCUUCCGCGCCAGUGACGACGCGACCAUUUUCCCCUUCCACGUCCCCGCCAACGCCUUCAUGGCCGUCGAACUCUCCCGCACCGCCGACGUUCUCUCUUCGAUUGCGCCCGAAGUGUCCGUGCAGUGCGCCGCGUUCAGCCAGUCGAUCACGCAGGGCAUCUACGAGCACGCCGUCUUCCCCCACCCGUUGUACGGCAAAGUGCUGGCCUACGAGGUCGACGGAUACGGGUCGCGAGUUUUCAUGGACGACGCGAGCCCGCCGUCGCUCCUGUCCCUGCCGUACCUGGGGUUCAUCGACGCCUCGGACCCCCUGUACCGGGCCACGCGAGCCAUGGUGCUCUCCCGCGACGGGAACCCGUACUACGUCGUCGGCGCCGCGCUCGAGGGCCAGGGCAGCCCCCACAUCGACCUCAAAACCAUGUGGCCCGUGGGCACGAUCGUGCAAAUCCUGACGAGCGACGACGACGCGGAAAUCCGCAGGUGUCUGGGAACCCUGAAGACAUCGAGCGCCGGCCUCGGUCUCGUCCACGAGGGCGUCGACGUCAACGACUCGACCAAGUUUCUGAGGACGUGGUACGCCUGGGGAAAUAGUGCGUUCGGGGAGAUGAUUGUCGACCUGGCCACGAGGAAACCGGGCCUGUUGUUUGGUGAGCGGUCGAUUGCGAUUGCGAAUGCGAAGACCGAGGCAGACCACGAUUACGAUGAUGGAGUUCCUAAACUCUAG